CUUCGCACUCGCCGACGUUAUGUUUACCCAAACAAGGAAGACGCAGGUCCGCCCACCUGUCCGCAUGAGCGCAGACCAUGGCUUUAAUGAUAUAGUCAGAGAUCAUUCAUACAGCCCAAUAUAACUUAAUGAUCAUGGCUUCCAGGGAUCCUGUACCGUAGUAGAUGAUAAAAGAGGAGGUGGAGAGCAUCCCUGAACCUGAAGAUGAGGCGUCUGUCUCGGAGGAAAGCCCUGACCCUGGUGAGGGAGCUGGACGCCUUCCCCAAAGUGUCAGAAAGCUACGUGGAGACCUCGGCCACUGGAGGAACAGUGUCGCUGAUUGCUUUUGGUGCCAUGGCUCUUCUGGCUUUCUUAGAGUUCUUUGUUUAUAGAGACACUUGGAUGAAGUAUGAAUAUGAAGUUGACAAGGAUUUUUCCAGUAAAUUGAGAAUAAACAUUGACAUCACAGUUGCCAUGAAAUGCCAGCAUGUUGGAGCAGAUAUUCUGGACCUGGCUGAGACCAUGAUCACAUCCAACGGCCUCCAGUACGAGCCUGUUAUUUUUGAUCUGACUCCACAACAGAGAGUGUGGCAAAGGACGUUGCUUCUCAUACAGAACAGGUUGAGAGAGGAACAUGCUCUUCAGGAAGUCCUUUACAAAAGUCUCCUCAAAGGUGGUCCCACUGCCCUGCCCCCGCGGGAGUAUGCCUCUAUAGAGCCACUGAAUGCUUGCAGGAUACACGGGCAUGUCUAUGUCAACAAGGUGGCAGGAAACCUACACAUAACGGUCGGAAAGCCCAUUCACCAUCCGCAGGGUCAUGCCCACAUUGCAGCUUUUGUGAGCCAUGAUACAUACAACUUCUCCCAUCGGAUAGACCAUUUAUCUUUCGGGGAGGAGAUACCGGGCAUCAUCAAUCCUCUGGACGGCACAGAGAAAAUCACCUAUAACAAUAACCAGAUGUUCCAGUAUUUCAUCACAGUGGUUCCAACCAAACUGAACACUUACAAGAUAUCUGCAGACACACACCAGUUCUCUGUGACUGAGCGGGAGCGGGUGAUAAACCAUGCAGCGGGCAGUCAUGGCGUCUCCGGCAUCUUCAUCAAGUACGACACCAACUCUCUGAUGGUGACCGUCAGCGAGCAGCACAUGCCCCUGUGGCAGUUCCUGGUGCGACUGUGCGGCAUUAUCGGGGGUAUAUUCUCCACCACAGGCAUGCUUCAUGGGCUCGUUGGCUUCUUUUUUGACGUUAUCUGCUGUCGCCUCAAACGUGGAGUCUAUAGGACAAGAGAGGAUGUGCAGCUACACCAUGAGAUGAACAAUCUUAACAAUCACCAGGCUCCUUUGUUGGCUGAAGAUGUCCCCCAGGAGUAGCUGUUUCUCUGUGAGCAGGCUUUUGGCCAUGGUCAAAUAACGUCAUCAAUGUUAUAUAAUUGGGUUUUCUAAAAUAUAUUCAAUUACCGGUGCUGUUGACUGACAAAUGGUAAAGACAAUGACAAAAUGGUUUACAUAAGAUAACUGCACUUUAGGAACAUGUGUUUCCAGUGACUACAUGAGUCAUACUACAAUUACCUUCCUUUCACUGUGAUCGGUUUGUUCGUUUAGAUAUGUUGUGGACUUUCUGUUCCAUGUGUUUGGCUGCCAUUCAGUCCAUUAAAGUAUUUGCAAAUGUUCAGAAAAGAAUGAGGUUUGGUUCCAAAGCGUUAUUGCGUGGAAAGCAUGUACGCUUUGUGUUAAAGUCAUUUAGGAAUAAAGGUGAUCAAACAUUUUUCAAAGGACAUCAAUAUGAAGAUAAGGCUUUAGUUAUGUAUUUGUGUUAUACGUUUCAUACAGUAAAAUAGCUCUGAAUUUACAAACUCAGCACUAAACACUACAGCUACCAUGAAAACACCACAGACAUGGGCUUUGCAUAAACAUUUAUUAAGUUGUGUCCCUUUUUCUCCCAUAUAGGCUCGUAACUGUUAUGCAUUUGUAUUCGGUCAAGAGUCAAGCCACAUACAACACUACACAGUUCUCUCAUUUGUUUAGUAAAAAUCUGACCUGCCUGUCACAUUUAACACUUUUGGUAGACUCCCUUGGAAGCUCUGUGGUGGAAUCCUGUGAAAACUCUCACCAAGCAAAGAUCAACAGUCAAAUACAAUUUUUGGUAGUCUAAAAGAAUAAAAUGAACUUCAACUAUU